AUUUUAGCGAAAAAAUAUCAUAAACAAUCUGGAUUGGGAAAUAAAUGUUGUCGGAUGACGGCUCUUGCUGAUGAAGGUUUGAAACUUAUGGAAGCGAUGUAUAUAACGAUAGGAUUUGCGUGGAAACCUGAAGCUCAUGUUAAUGUAAAGCGCGUCGAACUUCUGAUCAGCAAAGCGGAAGACAUCUAUCAAGAUCAUUUUGAUCACAGCCAAGAGCCUUUGAUUGAAAAUGAUAAGUGCACCACUUACACCUUGGAACAGUGGAAUACAGAGGGUGGAAGCUAUUGUGCUUGUCCGUCUCUCGAACCAGGAGUUUAUCAGUUUGUUUUUAGAGUGGACAAUGGCACAGAAAGAGAACUACAAAUUUCUGAUUAUUACGAGAGAACGUUCCUGGGCAAUGGUCGUCCGGUGAACUACAUCGAACUUAUUGAAAACUCAGAGGUCGAUCGAUCAACUCUGGCUGUUGGCAAAAGAAAUAUUAUUCGAUGUAAGUAUCUUCAGCUUCACGAAGCUGUUAAUCAACAAUCUUAUUUCCAGCAAGCAAAUCUAAAACCAACCUGUUGUUCCGAGCCAGCCUCCAAUUAUUUAUAGCAGACCGUCAAAAUUAAUCCGAGAAAAAAUCACAGGUAGCCCUAGCUCUAUGAGCCAACCUAAUUUUGAGCGUUACAAUAACAUUGCAUAAAUAGCAAAAAAAUAUCAGGACCCGUAUAGGUUGAAAAAUAUGCGAUUUUAUAGCAAACUUUAUCUUACUGGCUUAUUACUUGGGCAGAGUGCCAAGUAAAGGAUUCGCGACGCUCAGGAAUGUCCUAAAGUUGCUUUCUGGGGGGCCAAAAUUGGGCAUGCAAAAUCCGUGAGUUUAAAUGGUUUGAGUCAGCUAUUUGACAAAGUGUGAGUGGACCAAUAUCCUGGUGAACGCCGUUGGGCAAGUCGACCACAUUUCAGUUUGAGAUAUCUCACGAUCACUUUGUAUUUGAGGAAGAAACAAAUACUGUAAUUGUUAUAGUAUUUUUGGCUUGCCACGGGGUUUGAACCAGCUAAAUCUGCGACCCGUCAGAUCGGAUGAGACUCUAAGUGAGGGGGGCAUUGGGGUAUAUUAGAAACCGCAAAACCGAAGAAAAAAAUCAUCCAAAACCACAAAACCGCAAAAAAAUUCAGCCAAAACCGAAAACCGCAUACAAAACCAUCAAAAACCGAUACAAUGGUGACAAGUGGGGCAUACAGAGCAAACUAAACUAACACUAAUUUCACCAAAGUAUUUGUGAAUGUCAUGGACUUUGUCUGAAGCCUUCGUAUCUUUUUGUGUCUGCUUAAAUCAUAGGCUUUGUUUCUGCUGCUCUCUCGAGCCCAGACUUUGCAGCUCAAUUUCCCAAAAGCCGCUAGUUAUGGAGCCUAGUUAACUUAGGAGAAUUUGCACACAAGUCCUCUUUAGAAUUGCAAUUUUACAGUCGCAAAAAGCUAUAGCUCUGGAAACUUCAACUGAAAAUCUCUAAUCGAACAUUACCAUUUGAUAACUCCCCUCCUGGUGCGGGAGGCACGUUGGAAGCCAUAGCUCGCAAACUGACCAAAUGGUCGCCCUGGUCUGCGAGGUCAAAGGCUCGCCGGGCGUCAAGGGAGACGCUUGAUACCCUACCAUGACAUUUAUUUUGUCACGCAUUCCUCUAAAUGACUUUGGCGUUUCGCGGCUAUUUGAGAUUAAGUGCUGCUCAAAUCGAACAGAAACCGGACCCCAAAAUAGGACAAAAUAGGAAAAACCAAAAAACCACAUAGGGUACUAAAACCGAAAAACGGCUAGUAUUUUUCACGAAAACCGAAAAUCAGAUGCUAAAAAACGAAAAAUCCGCAAACCGCAAUGACCACCAAAACCAAAAAACCGAAGUCUUUUGCAACAAAAACCGAAAAACCGAUCUAAAAAUUAAAAUAGCCAAAACCGCAAAACCGAAAAUCCCAAUGCCCCCCUCCUAAGUUGAGGGAUUAGCCGAUUGCACCAGUGAGACCACAAGUAGUUUGUAAUGUGAAAAAUAGCUAUAAAAUCAUGCACUAGUUUACCAGGGCAUGCAAGUUUGUGACUCUUUGGCAUGUCUUGGCUAUUUCAGGCAGUGAGACCAGAUUUAUCUUGAGAUCACUAGUUCUUUCCGCUAGAAUAAAUAUUUUAAUUUAUUGCCCCCACAAUGAUUUUGCUCAGAAGGCGAAAUCCUCAGGAGGCAUCCUAGUAGCUCGCGUGUAUGUAUCGAAAAGUACUUACAGUUUAAAUAUACAGUCAGUUUAUCCCCAAAAAAUUAAUCUAGAUUUGCUUGAUCAGGGGCCGAAUGGAAUCACUGGGUAAUGAUGGUAUUUCUAUUCUUCACGCAAAUAAGAGAUGGUUAGGAUGACGUAAAACAAAGAUCCCCAAAGGGACCGCUUAGGUUGAUUUUUUGACACCUAUUGUACAGUCAUACUUUGAUAUUCUUUUUCAUUACGUUUUAUCAGUGACAUCCUGUGGAGAAGCUUUCUUGAAUGUUAUAGACCAAAAGACACUCGUUAAGUGCAGAUGAAGCGCAGAUGAAGUUAUAAGGUGCAUGCUGUGCUGACAUUGUCCCUGCUGUCCUUCUAUAAAGUUUUUUCAAAAGACUGGACACUCCAGUGUGAAUUGAUCAAACUUUUUAAUUUCUAAGGCUUACUUUCUGGCUAAUAAAAUGAACUGUAGGUAAAAAUUGCAAGGAAAAUAGCAAAAAAUUCCAACUUAAAAUCAAAUUUUUUCUUAUGGUUUAGAAAAAAACUGAGAAAGUGAGAAUGUUUUGAUCAAAGCUGUGUUUACAAAUGGAACUGAUCAGUGCAUGGGACCUUGUGUUUCCUGUUUUUAUCUCACCUAUUGUAUGGAAUAUGUGUGAAAAUCUUCAAUAUGAAUUGGUAUAUUUCAAAGAGCUACACAAUGACCAAGAGUACUAUUGACUGACAAUAUACAGAGCAGGGGCAGCUAUAGUGUCAUCUAUUACUAGUCUGAAGAAUAAAUAAUUAUUUCUUCAACCGCAACCCAGCAGAUCAGAUGCUAAGUUGAUGAAUCAGCCCAUUGCGGCACCAUGACCUAAUGUGGUUUGUCAUGUGAAAAUUAGUAUAAUAUCACUCACUAGUUUGGAAAAAGGUUGUUUUUUACCUAGAAAUGGAGUGAUUUCUUCUGAUAAUAAUUGGAGAUAACACAUCAGUCAAUUCCAGCUGCGCCCAGUUUGAGUGCAAACUAGCUGGAUAAGCUAAAUGCACUUUUCACUAUAAAAAACAAACCUUUAACCUUUUUUGAAACUCUUUUUCCAUUAAACUUUUGCAAAUUCUGUUUUGUUAACUGUUGUGGCCACCUUGUCAAGAGGUUGCAAACCGAGAAGAUUACCGGCUUAUGUAUAUGUAUGUAUGGUGUAUAUGAACUCCAUAAUGACACUUAACAUCUGGUGGCAAUGAUAUAUUUUGUAUUAUGUUUAUAUAAACAUAUACAAAGUAUGUCAUAACAGGAGAACAAGUAAUAAUUAUUACUUGCUCUCUUGUUAUGCCAAUCUUGGAUGCUAGUUAAUCUGCAUGUGUAAGCUUUGGCCUCACCUGUAAAAUAAAUGAGAUCUGUCUGUAAUGACACCAGUCAAAAUAGACACAAGUUUUCUUUUUCUUUGACAGCACGUGGAGGUUCAUCAGGUACCACUUCCUCAAGAAGCAAGAAGAGCUUUGGCAGUGACAGGGAGAGCAGCCUCAAUAGCAGCUCUGAUGCUAAUUGUACAACAUGUACUUUGUUAUGACACUAAAAUUCACCACUGUUGACUCAGUGGACUGAUACAUUUGACACAGUUUACAAGGACAUUGUGUACUCUAGAUAUCAACAUUAUUAUUUUAAGCAAUGGAAUUGUUUGUAAGGGUUAUUUUAAGGAUGUUUUUUAAACUUGGUGAUACAGAUUUUUAUUCAGCGAAACCUUGUUAAGUAGAAAGCCACAGGACACUUACUUGGGCCUUUGGAGGCAUCUGCUCAUUAUACUUGUUCACUCAGGGCCAUAGCCAGCUAAUAUCAGAAAAUAAGUUUUUUAAAGUACAUGUGUAGCUGUCUUGGCCAUAUAUAUUUUUUUGCAAGUCAAACACCGGAAACUUUAACAUUUUAACUGAGACAACUCUCUCUGCUACCACUACGCUGGCUAUACAGGGCCUGUCAUUUUACAGAAAACAUGGCAAAAAAGCUGUAGAUGGGAAGUUUACAUAACAUGGAGUGUGCUUAAUACUGGUUUUACUUUAGUUAACUAUCCAAGUCAUAUUUUAAUUUUAUCAAAUGAAUUUUUACUUAUUUUAUUAUCUGAAAAUUCAUCGAGUAUCCACCAUAACAUACACUAGGUAUGAAGAAUGUUACCUAAAGUAACCAAUUAGGGGUCUUUGAAAGAGAAACAAACAAAAUAAAAAGAACUGAAUGUGAUCUGCAGAAACUACAUGGCUCCAACAGCUAUAUUAAUAAUAACAAUGAUGAUGAUGAUGAUGAUAGUAAUAGCAAUGACAAUAAUAAUAAUAAUAAUAAUAAUAAUAAUAAUAAUAAUAAUAAUAAUAAAUAACUUCGUUUAACCUGGUCCACAAUCAGUCAUCACUUAUCUCCUACUGUAUUUUCCUUCAUAUUUUUAAAAUAACGCCAAAUUAAGGGUAUCUAGCACUUAGAGUGAGGUGACAACAAUAGGAGAACUGCCACCGGAAUAUCCAAACAGUGGUUUGAUAGAGAUGGCUGAUAUUUUGGGUUUUUGAUUGCUGGCUGCUUGGUGUAACUGUACAUCCAAGCAGUCAGACAUGUACCUAGGAGAGUUGGCUAUGAGUUCCUUGGCAUGGUCAGGUGUUACAGGUUCCAAGUGUAAAAAAGGGCAAAACAAAGGUUAGAAGCUGAAUCAUAGCUCAGAGCUGUCAUCAAGAGUCAGAAAGGGGCUGGAGAUUCCACCCGGCUAUUAUGAACGUGACUGUGAUCCCCAGCUACUUUCAUAGGAAACACAAGGAAAAUGGAAUUCCCCACGCAUUAAUAAUAUUGCAUAUAUCCAGCAACUUGAACUAUUAGUGACAGCCCUCAUAGCCAUCCAGUUUUACAUGGAUUUCUUUUAUCUUCUCAGUAAAGAGCCUGCCAAAGUGAGGAGUGACUAGAAGUGUGAAGGAGUCAGUGUAAGAAGGGCAAACAACAUCAUGCAUUAUGAAAAAUUAUGCUGUAAAAGCUAAAAACAAUAAUUUUUUUACAACUGCAAAACGCUGUUGGGGUAUAGUAAACUUGUUCCAGGAAUAUAGGUUUCCUUAAUAAUAAAAUAAUAAUAAUAAUACAAUAUUAUUUCACUGUGUUUUAUUGAUAGUACUUUACUUUACAUGAGUGUAAUGAUUAUUACAGUUGGCUUGGUAACAUUGCAAUUCCACGUAUUUUUUCGUAGCUUUGUAAUACUGGGCUUCAUUGGUUAAUACAUUGUUGUCUUAUCUAGUUAGUAAUCUGAGGAAUCUAAUUUAUACAAAAGUUUUUACUUACAACGGUAUUUGCUUUCAUGGUUUCUGAAUUAUUAUUAUAGUAAUCAAAUAUUAUUGGGUAAUUUCCUAUUAUAUUACAAACUGUAUAAUAAAAUUUUUAUUGACCUUUUUUUAUCUGAUAUUAUUUCCCCUUUGUAAGUGUUGAU